AUGAUCUGCUCCGCGAAGCGAAAACUCCUGGAUGGACUGAAUAAGAGAUACAUUUACGGUCGCGUGCCUUUACUGCACACGAUCAUCUUCCUUAUCGAAAUGGCGGUAGCAGCGCGCCUUGCUGCAAAAUUUAAUACCUACUAUGCCGAAAAGCCAGUGCUGACGACAAUGGUCACCAACGCCGUGCUUGGUGGUGUUGCCGAUACUGUUGCGCAGCUGAUCACAGCCUUCCGCACCCGCCGGAUCCAAACAAGCGGUGACGACUUUCUUUCGAUAGAGAUACCCGACAUGGACAAGGAAAAGCCGCUCACUCUAGGCGAGCUGGGGUACAACCGGGGAUUGCCGCCGCCUUUCGAUUUCGAGCGCCUGACUCGAUUCAUGGCAUAUGGUUUCUUCAUGGCGCCCAUACAAUUCCAAUGGUUUGGCUUCUUGUCUAGGGCUUUCCCGCUCACCAAGAUGAACCCGACUGCCCCAGCCUUCAAGCGUGUUGCACUUGAUCAGUUUAUCUUUGCGCCAUUUGGUCUGGCGUGCUUCUUCACUUACAUGACGAUUGCUGAGGGCGGCGGCAAAAGGGCCCUGACACAGAAGUUCCGUGAUGUUUACUUGCCGACCCUAAAGGCCAACUUCGUGCUUUGGCCGGCAGUUCAAAUCCUCAACUUCCGUGUUGUUCCUAUCCAAUUCCAAAUUCCCUUCGUUUCAACCAUUGGUAUCGCGUGGACCGCGUACCUUUCUUUGACAAACUCCUCCGAGGAGUCCUAA